AGAAAACAUCAACGAACUCACACAGGGGAAAAACCAUUUGAAUGCAUAGAGUGUGGAAAGAGCUUCAGUCGAAGUGAAACCCUUGGAAUACACCAGCGAACUCACACAGGGGAGAAACCAUUUAAAUGUAUGGAGUGUGGGAAGAGCUUUAGUUCGAAUGGAGAACUCAGAAUACAUCAGCGAACUCACACAGGGGAAAAACCCUUUAAAUGUAUGGAGUGUGGAAAGAGUUUCCGUGUCAGCGGGAAACUUCAACAACAUCAUCGAACUCACACAGGGGAGAAACCAUUUAAAUGUAUAGAGUGUGGGAAAACCUUCAAUCAAAGGGGAAACCUUAAACUGCACCAAAGAACUCACACGGGGGAGAAACCAUUCAGAUGUAAGGAGUGUGGAAAGGGAUUCAGUGAAAGUGGGAAACUUCGACUACACCACCGAACUCACACAGGGGAGAAACCCUUUAAAUGUAUGGAGUGUGGAAAGAGUUACAUUAAUAGUGGGGCACUUAGAAGCCACCAGCGAACUCACACAGGGGAAAAACCAUUUAAAUGUACAGAGUGUGGAAAGAGCUUCAGUCGAAGCGGAGAAUAUAGAGGACAUCAACAAACUCACACAGGUGAAAAAGCAUUUGAAUGUAUAGAGUGUGGAAUGAGCUUCAGUCAAAGUGACACCCUUAAACUACAUCAGCGAACUCAUACAGGGGAGAAACCCUUUAAAUGUGUGGAGUGUGGAAAGAGCUUCAGUGAUAGUGGGACACUUCGACUACAUAAUCGAACUCACACAGGGGAGAAACCAUUUAAAUGUAUGGAGUGUGGAAAGAGCUUCAGUCAAAAUGAAACCCUUAGAAGGCACCAGCGAACUCACACAGGGGAGAAACCCUUUAAAUGUAUGGAGUGUGGAAAGAGCUUCAGUCAAAAUGAAACCCUUAGAAGGCACCAGCAAACUCACACAGGGGAGAAACCCUUUAAAUGUGUGGAGUGUGGAAAGAGCUUCAGUUAUAGUGGGACACUUCGACUACAUAAUCGAAUUCACACAGGGGAGAAACCAUUUAAAUGUAUGGAGUGUGGAAAGAGCUUCAGUCAGAAUGGAAACCUUACAAAACAUCAACAAACUCACACAGGGGAGAAACCAUUUAAAUGUAUGGAGUGUGGAAAGAGCUUCAGUCAGAAUGGAAACCUUACAAAACAUCAACAAACUCAUACAGGGGAGAAACCCUUUAAAUGUUUAGCUUGUGGAAAGAGUUACACUGAAAGUGGGGCACUUAGAAGACACCUACGAACUCACACAGGGGAAAAACCAUUUGAAUGUAUGGAGUGUGGGAAGAGCUUCAGUCGCAGUGAAAGCUUUAGAAUACAUCAACGAACUCACACAGGGCAGAAACCCUUUAAGUGUAUGGAGUGUGGAAAGAGCUUCAGUCAAAGUGGACACUAUAGACAACAUCAACAAACUCACAGAGGGGAGAAGCCAUUUAAAUGCAUGGAGUGUGGGAAGAGCUUCACUGAAAGUGGGACACUUCAACGACAUCAUCAAACUCACACAGAGGAAAAACCAUUUGAAUGUAUGGAGUGUGGGAAGAGCUUCGGUCGAAGUGAUAUCCUUAGAAUACAUCAACAAACUCACACAGGGCAGAAACCCUUUAAGUGUAUGGAGUGUGGAAAGAGCUUCAGUCAGAGCGUUCACCUUAGAAUUCAUCAACGAACUCACACAGGGGAGAAGCCAUUUAAAUGUAUUGAGUGUGGAAAGAGCUUCACUGAAGGUAGGAAACUUAGAAGACAUCAUCAAGAUCACACAGGGAAAAAACCAUUUGAAUGUAUGGAGUGUGGAAAGAGCUUCACUGAAAGUGGGGCACUUAGAAGACAUCAUCGA